AUGUUCGCUCCCACCCGCAGCGUCGGCCUCCAGGCCCUGCGCGCGGUCAAGCCCAUCCGCUUUGCCGCCCCCGUGCGCCAGGCUCGCUUCCUGAACCUCCGCGCCACGCCGCGCAUGAGGACGCCUGUGCCUAAGGAGGAACAGAGCGCUCACACCAUCUCCCAGCGUCUGCGCACGCUCAAGAAGAUUCCCCCAGAGUUGAUCCCCCUCGGCAUUGUCCUUGUCAUUGCCGUUGGAGCCGCCAUCUUCUCCAUCACCAGGAAGCUCUACGUGGACAAGACGCUCCGUCUGUCCAGGCAGAGGGGCCACGACCAAUAG